CCCCUUCAAACUUUUUCCUGUCUCCAUCCAAACCUACUGUCCAACUUUUCUUUCCUAUUUCCUCCAAAGCUUAACACUUCUCUCUCUCUCUCUCUCUCUCUCUCUCUCUCAACACCAUGAAUGAAGAAUAUUAAUAUAGCCAUUAGCAGUAACAAGUGAUGAUGAUGAUGAAACAAGUUUGAGUGAAUUUGCUUCACCCUUUUAAGGAAAUAAAAACUACCUAAAAAACCCACAGCUAUAGUUUUGGGAAGCUUUCUAAUUAUAUAGUGUUGAAUGAUCCCAUCAAUCUCAUCACAUUCUCUACAUCAAAAAAAUUCUCCUUUCUGCUUCAUCAUUUUCAGGAACCCUAGAAGAACAAGAUAUCAAUUCUUGGUUUUAUCAAAGAAAUUAACAAAGUCACAAAGUUCAAAAACAACCUUGGAUCUGCAAAGCACAAAGGUUGUUGUAUUGUUGAAGUAAAGUUAAGCUAUAUUUUAUUUUCAUGGAUUCAAUUCAAGAAUUUAUAGGGACAUGUAACAAUGAAAACUUGACCUGCAACUUCAUGAACAACAACAACAACAACACUAUAAGUACAACCACAACAAGCUUAACAACAACAACAACAACAGCAAGUGGAAGCUCUUCUUCAUCUGCAGCUUCAACCAUCAUCAACAGUCCCAACAGUAGCAGCCGCUAUGAGAACCAGAAACGCCGUGACUGGAACACCUUUGGUCAGUACCUCAAGAAUCAUCGUCCACCUCUUUCCCUCUCCAGGUGCAGCGGUGCACAUGUCCUUGAAUUUCUAAGGUAUUUGGAUCAAUUUGGCAAGACAAAAGUUCACACACCAAUUUGUCCAUUUUAUGGGCAUCCAAAUCCACCAGCACCAUGUCCAUGUCCUCUGAGGCAAGCAUGGGGAAGCCUUGAUGCACUCAUAGGUCGUCUUCGUGCCGCCUUUGAAGAAAAUGGAGGAAAACCAGAAACAAAUCCAUUUGGUGCUAGAGCUGUGAGGCUCUACCUUCGCGAAGUUCGCGAUCUUCAAUCGAAAGCAAGAGGUAUUAGUUACGAGAAGAAGAAACGAAAGCGUCCACCACCACAACAACAACAACAAGUUCCACCACCAGCACAAGGUGCAAGUGCAACUCAUUAGAGAUCAAUUCUCACUCUCUUUUAAUAAUGCACUUUUUUUUAAUCAUAUAAUUAGGGUUUAAUAAUGUGAAAGCUGCUAUGAUCUGAAACAUAUAGAGUGCUUUGUCUUUGGAUCCUGUUUACUUGCUGUGACAGAAGAAAAAGUGUUAUAAAAUGUGAGAUAUCACUUAUCUGCUUUUAAAGAUAUAGCAGACAGUGCUGUGUUUGUACUGGUAGUAGACUCAUAGUGGCCUGAAAAAGUUGAAGCUUGUGAAUAUACAUGGAGUACAUCAUCCGUGUGAUUCUCAGCAAACCACUCACAACAAUAACAGCCAUGACAUUAUUCAUAUUUAUAUUUAUAUUUAUAUUUAUAUUAUUAUAUGUUUUGUACAACUUCAAUAUAUGUUGCAGCAUAUUAUGUGCCUUUAAUCAUA